CCCAGCCUCUUAACUAUUUCAUGCACAACUCUCUCUCCCACACACGCCUACCCCACCUCUAAUUAUAUCCCUUGCUCUUUCUCUCUUCUAGCUUUUUUGUUCUCUUCCCUUUGUUUUUUUUUUUUUUGUGAUUUCUCAAUCCAUCAUGGAUCCUCAACAACAACAACAACACCAAAACCAACAACAACCAAAUGAGGAUAAUAAUGGUGGUGCCAAAGGAAACUUUAUUUGCAGGCAAACCAGUACAAGGUGGACUCCCACUACUGACCAGAUAAGAAUAUUGAAGGAACUGUACUACAUCAAAGGUGUGAGGUCCCCAAAUGGAGCUGAGAUUCAGCAGAUCUCUGCUAGGCUUAGAAAGUACGGCAAGAUUGAAGGCAAGAAUGUAUUUUAUUGGUUUCAGAACCAUAAAGCUCGUGAGAGGCAAAAGAAAAGACUCACCAAUGAAGUCCCCAUGCAACAAAGAACUGCCUGGAAACCUGAAGAUUAUUACUCUUACAAGUACUCCGGUAGCAAUAAUAAUCCUGGGUUUUCUUCUGCUUCUUCAUCUUCAAAUACGGGUAUGGUUACCGUUGGGCAAGCAGAUAACUAUGGAUAUGGAUCUGUAAACAUGCAAGAGAAAAAAAAUUGGGACUGUUCAGUACCAGCUGGUGGUGAAUCCAUGAACAACAUUAACUAUGGAUCACGGGGUGGCAUUAACCCUUACAGUUCUUCCUAUACUGUAUUUGAUCAAGACCAGGAAGCCGCUGAAAAGAUUGAGACUCUUCCUCUAUUUCCCAUGCAUGGCGAGGACAUCAGUACCUCUUUCAACAUCAACAACAUUAACCCAGACGUUUAUUACAGUAGCUGGUAUGGCUCUGAUGAUUAUGGCAAUGCCACUACUUCUCGUACUUCCUUGGAGCUUAGCCUCUACUCCUACAAUGGCCAGCAACAAGAUUAUUAAAGUCUCUGAACAUCAUCCCUCUUUAGUUUGCUGCCUCAAGUAAUCCUAGUCUUCUUAUGAUAUUCCACUUAGGUACCACCACUGAUUAAUUAGUACUAUUUUACGUGCUUCCUCCUGUGUCUUCUUGAUGGGCACUUGUUUAUUGAAAGCUUUUAGUAUUUGUGAACUUAACACUUGUCAUGCAAAGUACUUAAUUAG